UCCAGGAAGUUUUACACUGCAAGGGACAAACUCAUAUCUUAUAGGAUCUGGUGAUAGGAGAAUCCUGAUUGAUACCACUAAUCCUGAUAAACCUGAGUAUACCAGCAACCUAAAGCAGGUCCUGAAAGAGCACAAGACCAGCAUACAAGAGAUCAUACUAACACAUUGGCAUAUUGACCAUGUAGGGGGCAUACAGGAUGUUUUUAAAGAAGUCCUCAAAUCAUCCAAGGACAUCAAAAUAUCAAAGUUUUCUCGAGAUCCACCUAAAGAUGAAAGUUUCGGGGAUGAUUUAAAGCUUACAUACAUCAAAGAUGGAUCUGUUUUCACGACUGAAGGGGCUACCCUCAAGGCAGUGUAUACCCCAGGCCAUACUGACGAUCAUAUGUCAUUGUACUUAGAGGAGGAAAACGCAGUCUUCAGUGGAGACACAGUCCUUGGGGAAGGAACAGCAGUGUUUGAAGAUCUAUUUGACUACAUGAAGUCCCUUGAUAAGAUUCUCCAGCUGAAGCCAAGUGUGAUAUACCCUUCACAUGGGCGUGUGGUGGACAACCCAAUAGAACACGUGCAAGCGUAUAUAGAUCAUAGGAACAUGAGAGAGAGACAGAUUCUGGAGACACUUUCUGCGCACAGUGGCAAGGCAAUGUCAGCAAUGGACCUGGUGAAGAUCAUUUAUAAGGAUGUUCCUCCACACUUACACAUUGCUGCAGCAGGGAAUGUCACGCAUCACUUAACCAAACUCUUGAAGGAGGGAACAAUAGAGCAUUCAACACAAGACAAUGAUGAUAAAUGGACUAUCAAAUCUAAUCUUUGA